AAGCCACUGUGGGGCAGUCAAUGAGCCCGUUAAUGCGAGCUCCCUCCUGUAGCUGUCACUGCUCCAGAGCAAGACAAGACAAGAGUCUCCGCCAGACUUUACUAACAAGUCUUUACUAACAACAGGACUGAAAUCCUCUCUCUCUGCUGCACUGGGGAACGUCAGGAUAGCCAUGUCUACAAGGAAGAUCUGCUGUCUUGUGCUGCUGGUCCUAGGGCUCCUGGCUAUUGCAGUUGCUGUCAUUGUAAUCCUGGCGCUGCCCAAGUGUGCUCCUGGAAGUUAUCUGCAUGCUGCUGUAGCAGCUGACACUGAAAUCUGUUCGGACAUUGGCAGGGACAUCCUACAACGUAAAGGUUCAGCUGUGGAUGCUGCUAUUGCUGCUCUGGUCUGCACUUCGGUUUUGAACCCCCAGAGUAUGGGCCUGGGAGGAGGAGUCAUCUUUACCAUCUAUAAUGCAACCACAGGAGAGGUCGUGGUGAUUAACGCUCGUGAAACAGCUCCAGAAAAUAUCAACCAAGACUUGUUAAAUCAGUGUAAUGAUUUCCCUCUCCAAAUAGGGAGCCAGUGGAUUGCAGUCCCGGGGGAGCUUCGUGGAUAUGAAGAAGCCCAUAGGCGCUUUGGCCGGUUGCCAUGGAAAUGGCUGUUUGAACCAACCAUCCAGCUUCUUACACAUGGAAUCAGAAUGCCAGCAGUGCUGAGCAAAUUUCUCAGUCACCCAUUGUUACAGGACUUUUUGAAAAAGUCAUCCUUGUGCCAGCUGUUCUGUGAGAAUGGUGUGGUCCUAAAACCUGAUGCAAUCAUCUUUUGGCCAACUCUGCUGAAAACACUGAAGGCUGUAGCAGAGAAGGGAGCCAAAGAAUUUUAUGAGGGCGAGAUAGCACAGAAUUUGGUGAAGGACAUAAAGCAUGAAAACGGCAGUCUGAUGCUGAGUGACCUCAAGAAUUUCCAGGCAAAAGUGAUGACACCCCUGAAUAUUUCUCUGGGUGGCUAUACAAUGUAUUCCCCUCCACCACCAGCUGGGGGUGCUGUUCUUCUCUUCAUCCUCAACAUACUGAAAGAGUUUAAAUUCACGCCAGAGUCCCUGGAGCCGGCCAAUAGGAAGAUUGAGACCUACCAUCGUGUUGCAGAGGCGCUGAAGUUUGGCAAUGGGCAAAAAUCAAAACUGGAUGACCCACAAUUCUCUGGCAUACAGCAGGUGAUUAUUCAGGAACUGUUGUCCAACUCCUUUGCUGAACUUGUCAGGAAGCGUAUAGAUGACAGAGGUGACCAUCCAGGCAGUUUUUACAGUCUCUCACAGCCAAGCAACGCAGGCUACGGCACCUCCCACAUCUCCGUCCUCGCUGAAGAUGGCAGUGCUGUAUCUGUCACCAGCACUAUCAACCAGCCGUUUGGCUCAAUGGUAUAUUCUCCAAGCACUGGGAUCAUUUUAAAUAACGAGCUCGCUGACUUCUGCACGAAGAAGCCAAAAAACAAGAUCACUAGCGGAGAGAGACCCCGCUCUGCCAUGGUUCCUUCCAUUCUCGUCUCCAAAGAUGAUAACUCCAAGCUGGUGAUUGGAGGCUCAGGAGGGGACCUGAUUAUCAGCGCCACUGCCUUGGCGAUCAUGAACAAACUCUGGUUUGGCUAUGACCUGGAGCAUGCCAUCUCGCUGCCGGUUCUCCAUGCCUCCAUGAACAACUCCAUCCAGUUCGAGCCAGGCUUUGAUGAGGCUGUUAAGGGGGAACUGCUGCGCAGAGGACACCAUGAACAGAAACGCACCAUGUUCCUGAAUGUUGUGCAGGGGAUUUCAAAGGAAGGAAAAUGCAUCUUCGCUUAUUCUGAUCGAAGGAAGCUGGGGAAGUCGUCUGGGUAUUAAGAACAAGUGCUGUAGCAAACAUUUUAUUGUAGCC